CGCUACGAAUGAACAUUGAAUACUCUGUGUUUCUCCCUUGUUUGAAGAAAGAGAGAAAAAUGGGAAUGGGAAUGGGAAUGGGAGUGGGUAUCGCCUUGAAGAGUUUGUUUAGUGUAUUGGGAUGCGUAAUGAUAGCUACUCUAAUCUACACCAUCAUCGCCGAUGGCCAUCCUUUCCGCAUCCAACUCCUCACUCCGUGGUUGACUGCAACAUUGAUUGAUUUUUAUUUCAAUAUCGUUGCCAUUGGGGCUUGGGUUAUCUACAAGGAAUCAAACUGGAUUAGUGCUGUUCUAUGGGUAGUUUUGCUAAUAUGCUUGGGAAGCAUUACCACAUGCGGCUAUAUUGUGUUGCAGUUCUUUAAACUCUCAUCUAAAGAAUCUAUGCAGGAUCCAGUUUUCUAUGUUUUGUUACGUCACGGUAAAAUGAACAAACCAGAAAGACAGAACAAGUUGUGUGUUGCAGUUGCAAAAGUUGUGUUCAUUGCUUUGGGCUGUCUAAUGCUGGGAACACUGAUUUACACAUUUGUCACAAAUGGGUCCCCAUUUCGCAAAGAAGUAUAUACACCGUGGACGAUAGCAACAUUUAUUGAUUUCUACAUCAAUGUUGUGGCUCUCUCGGUCUGGAUUGUAUACAAAGAGAGCAGUUGGAUAAGCGCUUCUUGUUGGAUACUUUUACUAAUAACUUUGGGCAGCAUUGCCACGUCUGCCUACAUCGUCCUACAGCUAUUCCAACUCUCUUCUCAAGAUCCACCCUAUUAUAUCCUCUUCAACAGGGCAAAAGAAGGGUAUGAAGGAACACUACAAGAAGAUCUCGUAGAUGAUUGCUAAAGAAAAGCUUUUGGUUUUGGACUGAUUUGUUUUUAAAAAUUGUUACCGUUCUAGUGAAAGUAUCGUUAGAUGAGAAAUAAGAUGAAAUUGUAUUUGUAGAUUGAGUUCAGAUCAAGGGUUCAAAUUUGAGGUUUUUUUUAAAAAAAAAAAAACGCAGUGGCAUUAUUAUAAUUUUGUGUUAGUAAGUUUUUUUUUU